AUGACGAGACUCAUCGCUGCCGAUCGGAGCAUAGCCAUAGGACGAGCAUGCACAGACACACAGGGCGGAUGUCCGAAUUGGGCCAGCUACUUCGAAUGUUAUCGUGUUUCUUCUCUGAAUUGCGACUGUGCUCUUUCCUGCAACACACCAUCAGAAUGCGACCCUUCAUCAGGAGAUACCAGCUGUAACUGUAGACAGUGGGCCAGUGAAGGGAAAUGUGAAACAAAUCCUGCUACAGUGGCCUCCUGUCCUGAUACAUGCGCCAUUAGGACAAGUACUGUCAGGUGUCCGGAUCCACCGACAGUUACGAAUGCGGAGCCCAACGUGGCUGGUGAAUACAAAAUCUACCAAACUAUCACGUUUAUUUGCGUGCCCGGUGCGACCCUCACUUCCACAUCAUCGUACGACAAGGGUAUGAAGCACUGCGCAACCGAUGGUACCUGGAAGAAUAACUUCUAUUUCAAGACAAAUCCUGUUUGUGUUCAAGCCACACCAGCUCCAACGACCACAACAACCACCACGACUACAACUACAACUACACCGGCUCCUACUACACUAUUAGGAACAUGCACAGACACAAAGACCGCGUGUCAGAAUUGGGCCAGCUACUUCGAAUGUUAUCGUAGUUCUUCUGUGAAUUGUGACUGUGCUCUUUCCUGCAACACACCAUCAGAAUGCGACCCUUCAUCAGGAGAUACCAGCUGUAACUGUAGACAGUGGGCCAGUGAAGGGAAAUGUGAAACAAAUCCUGCUACAGUGGCCUCCUGUCCUGAUACAUGCGCCAUUAGGACAAGUGCUGUCAGGUGUCCGGAUCCACCGACAGUUACGAAUGCGGAGCCCAACGUGGCUGGUGAAUACAAAAUCUACCAAACUAUCACGUUUAUUUGCGUGCCCGGUGCGACCCUCACUUCCACAUCAUCGUACGACAAGGGUAUGAAGCACUGCGCAACCGAUGGUACCUGGAAGAAUAACUUCUAUUUCAAGACAAAUCCUGUUUGUGUUCAAGCCACACCAGCUCCAACGACCACAACAGCCACCACGACUACAACUACAACUACACCGGCUCCUACUACUUUAUUAGGAACAUGCACAGACACAAAGACCGCGUGUCAGAAUUGGGCCAGCUACUUCGAAUGUUAUCGUAGUUCUUCUGUGAAUUGUGACUGUGCUCUUUCCUGCAACACACCAUCAGAAUGCGACCCUUCAUCAGGAGAUACCAGCUGUAACUGUAGACAGUGGGCCAGUGAAGGGAAAUGUGAAACAAAUCCUGCUACAGUGGCCUCCUGUCCUGAUACAUGCGCCAUUAGGACAAGUGCUGUCAGGUGUUUGGAUCCACCGACAGUUACGAAUGCGGAGCCCAACGUGGCUGGUGAAUACAAAAUCUACCAAACUAUCACGUUUAUUUGCGUGCCCGGUGCGACCCUCACUUCCACAUCAUCGUACGACAAGGGUAUGAAGCACUGCGGAACCGAUGGUACCUGGAAGAAUAACUUCUAUUACAAGGCAAAUCCUGUUUGUGUUCAAGAUGAUCCAACUACAACAGCCACUACUACCACCCCUACAACACCUACUACUACAACAACUACAACGACAACAACUAUUGCUCCUACGACAAUCGCACCCGUGUUCCUGGCUUCGGUGAACUUCAUACAAACCUGCACCCGAGUGGACCAGUCGUUCACCAAACCUAACAUUGCACCAGCUGUCACGGUGAUCCAGACAAUCACCAAGGACACUGUACAGGAGUGUGCGGCUGUCUGUGUGAUGAUGUCCGAGUGUGCCUACGUAGCGUACGACAUACAUACAUCUGAUUGUACGGUUUUGAAGAGUGGAGGGGUCGUUUACAGUGGUGGUGGUGAACUGUGGACAGUGACUUAAGACGAUAUAUUUAGGUUCACACAGGUUUAAAAGGGGCGGUCGAGGGCCUGGUGGUUAAAAGCGUUUGCUUGUCACGCCGAAGACCCAGGUUCGAUUCCCGACAUGAGUACAAUGUGUGGAGCCCAUUUCUGGUGUCCCAAACUUUGAUAUUGCUGGAAUAUUGCUUAAAGCGGCGUUAAACGAUACUCACCCACUCACAGGUUGAAAGCCUGAGAAGAGCGGUUCCAAUAAAGGAUAUGAAUAAUCUUAUGUGCUUGUUGACAUUUUACAGUGUUGUUGUUUGCAUUAGAUAUGUUUGCCUGCAAAUGAAAAGUAAAAUUGAAUUUGUUCCGACAAGAGGAUCAUGUGGAGACAGUAUGACAUACCUCUGAACCUACGCGAUUAGCCAUGGAAACGUAGAUGUUUAACGUGUCUUGAGGAUCCGUGUUGGGCAGGAUACUCUCACCUUUUUGCAAAGCACAUGCCUUCCGACACGAUGUGUAAUAUAUAUGUUAUCCUAUGACUGUUCACAGCGUUAAUCCCGGCUCACUCACUCACUGUUUUGGCGAGCAGUGUCACUUAAAUUUUUGGAGGGGUAAACGGACCCAUCAUCAGUUUUAUCUAUCUCAAAGUUUAUCAAACAUGAAAUAUUUAAUUAUGUAUCAUUUUCGUUGUAUUUGCGACAUAAUAAAAACAUUUUUUUAAUUUUUCGUAGACAUUUCAUCGAUCUGACGAAG